GGCACAAAAACACUGACAUUAUUUCCUAUUGUAGCCUACCUUAUGUAUAAUUUCCCCUACUAGAAAUGUAUAGAAGUUAUUUAGCCAGGCUGCACUCUUUGCUCUGGGAGACCUUGUAUCCAACACACUGGGCUCCUGUCAUUGAAGGCUACGUCCCUAGCCCAACCGGCUAGCAGAUGUCGCUAUUAUUCCUUUACGUCGUAUUUGUCAUCUGCCUCAGGAGGGAUUACUGGGCCCCAAAUCUGUCAGCGUUUGUCUUUUUUAUUUGUAUUUUUUUACAAUCACCAAGCGAGGAGUUUUUGUAUUGAUGUCAGUGAGUGUCAAAUUUGGUUAGGAAAUAAUGGCUGCUUUGCUACAUGUGGCUUAUUUUAGGGAAUAGAAGUGUUGUAAUGCUUAGGUUGUUUUUGAGUGUACUGAUAAGUAGGACACGUGACCUCCCGAACACACUAAGUUGUGACCGCGUAUCUGCCCUCUCAUUGGCUAGACUGGUCCCAUCUGAUCUUGCCUACUCCCAACUGCCUUACAUUUUGAGAUUUGUUUUUCAUCGUUGGAGCGGCCACUUGAGUAUCUGGUCAAUAUGAUGGAUAUUCUGUGUCCAACUGGAGUCUAUGCAGCCAGCUAUACCCCCUUUUCUCCGCAAUUUCGUGAUAUCCAAUUACGAUCUUGUCUCAUCGCUGCAACUCCUCAACGGGCUCGGGAGAGUCGAAGGUCGAGUCAUACAUCCGCCGAAACAAACCGCACUUAACACCCGCCCGCUUAACCCAGAAGCCAGCCGCACCAAUGUGUCGGCCUGCCUCAAGGAGUUCAUGGAUCUUCUAUAUCCGGGUUGCAUCCGGUUUAGACGGCCCAACUUCACAUGUGCACAAGCACUCCGUGCGCACAGGGAGCAGUGACGAAGUCAUCCAAAAACCUGGCAGACAUUGGAUAAAUAUAAAAUGUUCCACCAAUGCAUGCGAGACGACAUCAUUUGUCUUUUUGAGACAAGAGCUACCUGUGCGACUAUCUAACAUCAUGAAGGAGAUCAAUUUGCUACCUGACCGAUUGCUUACAACCCCAUCCGUGCAGAUGGUGCAGAGCUGGUAUGUCCAGAGCUUGAUGGAAAUCCUGGAGUUCUUGGACAAGACUCCUGACAACCACAGUGUCCUGGAUGAGUUUGUGGACACCCUGGUGAAUAUCAGGAACAGGCACAAUGACGUAGUGCCCACCAUGGCGCAGGGCGUCAUUGAGUACAAGUCGGUGUUCGGCCAGGACCCAGUCACCAACCAGAACAUUCAGUACUUCCUGGACCGUUUCUACAUGAGCCGUAUAUCUAUCCGCAUGCUUAUCAACCAGCACACUCUUGUCUUUGAUGGCGCAACAAAUCCACUUCACCCCAACACAAUAGGGAGCAUCGACCCUCACUGUGAUGUCUCAGAGGUGAUCAGAGAUGCUUACCAGAGCGCCAAGUUGGUGUGUGAUCAGUACUAUCUGAGCUCGCCAGACCUGAUGCUGCAAGAAAUGAAUGUCAACAACCGGAAACAACCUAUAAGCAUUGUCUAUGUGCCCUCCCAUCUCUACCACAUGUUGUUUGAGCUUUUCAAGAAUGCUAUGAGGGCCACAAUUGAGAACCAUGAAUCCAGCAACAGGCUACCGCCCAUUCAAGUCAUGGUGGCCAUUGGAGGAGAGGACCUGUCAAUUAAGGUGAGUGACAGGGGUGGCGGAGUCCCUUUCAGGAAGAUUGAGAAUCUUUUCAGCUACAUGUACUCUACGGCACCCACACCAGAGAGGGGUGAGCACUCGCAGACCCCAUUGGCUGGCUUUGGCUACGGCCUGCCCAUCUCCCGGCUCUACGCUCAGUACUUCCAGGGAGACCUGCAGCUCUACUCUAUGGAGGGUUACGGCACUGACGCUGUCAUCCACAUGAAGGCCUUGUCCACAGACUCUGUGGAGAGGCUCCCGGUGUACAACAAGACAGCUCUGCGGAAUUACAAGGUUAGCCAGGAGGCAGACGACUGGUGUGUGCCCAGCAGAGAACCCCUGGACCUGACCAUUUACAGGGUAGCCAAAUGAGGAUAAUGUCGACGCUACCCUGGUUAGAUUGAGGCUCUGUAUGCCAACCCCCGCCCCCAACAGCCAAGGCAGACAGCCACCUAACCCCACCCACAUAUGACUGGAUGUUGUUUUCCAUCCUGGUUUUGGCAUUGGCAUGUUUUCUUGUUGUCCUCACAAUGAUGCCCUUCAUGGUUUUCUUUUAGCUUAGAUUGGGGAUUUAUGGAAGUAUGGGGGGAGGGGGGUUGUGUUAUGGUACUUAUUAUAUUUUUUUAUCUUUGUUCACCUCCAUGAGGGUUUUUAUGGGAGUGCCAGAUGUUGAUGAUGAUUUAAAAAAAAUAGUCACACUAAUUAUUCUCCCAAACAUUUAAUGGGCAUACAAACACAGUUGCUUUACCCAUGAAAUGUUUGGGAGCAUAAGAAUGUGUGGCUUUCUUUUUCUAGUUUACUCUCCGUUAGUCAGCACUUCUAUAAAAACAUUUCUGGGUGUGCGUCAGUUUAUGCCUUUUACUAUCGCUCGAUGUUGAUGAAAUACACAUGGGAGGGUGUGCAGGGUAGUGAGGUCCCAACUUCAUUUUGGGGGGAGAGAUUUGGCAGGGUGGGUCAUACCCAGUAUGUUAUUGAGAUGGUGUAGCAUGGGCGAGUGAGAAUAUGUAACACCAGGGUAGCGUUCAGUAUGUUAUGGAACGUUCAGGUAGAAACGUUGUGUAGAACAGCCAAGCCUUUCUAUCAUGUCGACUAGGGAAUCUCUAUACAUAACAUUUUCUAUCUGCAACAUUCAGAAUGUUGCGUCCUUCUGAACCGGACCCAGGUUGAAAAGACAAUCCAAUGUGUUGGUUCUCCUCUCUGAGAGGAUCUUCAUGUACUGUAAACGGAAAUGAGAUGUUGAGGUGUGGUAGAAGUCCUUAGAUGAACCAGUACUGUAGAAUAACUGAAUGUCCUGGCGGGCAUUAGACCUCCCUCGCUCUAAUUCGCUGACGGUCAGAAAAUGCCACCUUAGCCUUAACUGCGUCAGUCAAGUUUUCUUUACUUGAAACAUGUACAUUAUUAACAAUGUAGUAUUCAAUCUAUGAGAAGGCUGCUAAUGACUUACUAGUGCCAUUGCAUGGAGUCCCUUUAUUUGAUUCUAAAAUAAUAUUACGUACUGUUGUACCAUGUGUCUUGACGCCUUCAUGAGUAUUGGUCCUGAUGUCUAUAUAUUGAUAUCAUAAUUUCAAGUACAUUUUCUCUUGCCAGUUCAAUGGACUGGAUUCAACUAUCAAAAAUGAGUUGGUCUGUUCAGUGUUGUGACUUUCUGUAUUCCUGUGAACUCAAGCUGUAGAGCAAUACAUUGUGGAUUUUUUUUAACCCAAGUUCAUUUGAAGUAAGUCUGAUGUACUUUGUGAUAGGAAGCCAGUGUUCAUUUUUUACGCACCGGCGUUCUAUUGCCUGUGGCGAAGUUCAUCAGAAGCUAGUUAAAACACGUCCCAAAGGGCAAAGUACAUGGUUCUUAUUGUCUGUGACCCUUAAGGCUAGGCCAGUCACAUAGGAGUAUUUGAUGCUGUGUAUGUGAUGGGAAGAUGCUCCCAGCCUGUCCGCUUUUAUCAAUUCCCUUUUAUUUUGUAAUAAACUCUAUACAUUUCUUCAGUUA